CAUCGUACACUUAUAAUUAUCAGCAUGAUUGUCAAAAUAACCGUUGUAUCAGUUGUUCUUAUUGCGGUAGGUUUAGCAUGUUUAAGACGGCACAUGGCAGGUGUCAGAUACAACAAUACCACCACCAGAUUAGAUGGCAAGACCGUACUCAUUACUGGAGCUAAUACAGGCAUUGGCAAAGAAACAGCCAUGGAUUUGGCUAAAAGGGGUGCUAGAGUAAUACUUGCUUGUCGUGAUCUAGACAAAGCGAAGACAGCGGCUGAUGAUAUCAAAAACAGAACUGGCAAUGCAAACAUUAUAAUAAAACGACUAGAUCUGGCCUCGCUGAAAUCUAUCAAGUUAUUUGCUGGAGACAUUAAUGCCAAUGAAAAUAGAUUAGACAUCUUAAUAAAUAAUGCAGGAAUAAUGAGAUGCCCUUACUGGAAGACAGAAAAUGGUUUUGAGAUGCAGUUUGGAGUCAACCACUUAGGACAUUUUCUCCUGACUAACUUACUACUUGAUUUGAUAAAGAAAUCUGCUCCUAGUCGUAUAUUAACAGUAUCUUCAUUGGCACAUGAAAGAGGUACAAUAAACUUUGAUGACAUAUACAGUGAAAAAUCAUACGACCCUGGAACAAGUUAUUCUCAGAGCAAACUUGCCAAUGUUCUUUUCUCAAGAGAAUUAUCAAAGAGACUUGAAGGCACUGGUGUCACAACAUAUUCGCUGCAUCCAGGUUUGAUUGACACCGAGUUGAAACGACAUUGGGAGAAAGAAAGUAUAAUACUAAGGAUAUUUUUUAGUAUAGGACAAUAUAUUGUAAAAACACCAGAGGAAGGAGCACAAACAACAAUAUAUUGUGCUGUUGAUGAAAAAUUGACAAGUGAAUCAGGAAAAUAUUACAGUGAUUGUGCAGAGAAAACGCCUUCAAAAGAAGCAUUAGACGACGAAAUCUCAAAUAAACUGUGGACAUUAUCUGCACAAAUGGUCGGAUUAAACACUGGGAGUACUUAAUACUAUCAGAUCAAUUAUCAUUUAAUCUUUCUGUUAUUUGAAU